AUGGCGGGCGUGGUGUACUGCGGUCCUCAUUGCCUCUACAACAUCCUCCAGCAGCAGCGGCGGGUCCCCCGGGUGGCAGAGCCCGGAUACCUGUGCCUGCUGGAUGCCCGUACUAGGGAUGAAUAUGAUGAGAGCCACAUCGUUACAGCACGCAGGAUUGAACAGAGUCCUACGGGGGAGUACCUGGUACCAGAUUCUGAGGAGCUGGGCUAUGUCAGGUACUGUGUGGUGUAUGACUGCCAGACCAGCUCCUUGGAUUGCUGUGACUGUGAGGAAGAGGAGAAUGAGAAAGAUGCUGAGGAAGGAAUUGCUGUCCAACAUGCCCAAAACUUGGAGCAGUUCACCCGUCAUCCUGUGCUUGUCCUGAGUGGAGGAUACAGCCUUUUUUCAGCCUAUUAUAAUUUUCUGAGGACUCAGAAGAUAUUGUGGAUGCCUCAGGAACUAGACAACUUCCAGCUAUACCCUGUGGAAAUAAUACCUCUGAAGUUAUAUAUGGGCAAUUUCAAGCAGGCCUGUGACCAGCAAAUCCAGAAAGAUUUGAAGAUCAAAGCACAAGUCAACAUCUCAGAGCAGCCCACCACCCUGAUUACAGAAGAAGGCAAAUAUCUCCAUGUACCUGUCCCAGACUCACUGGAAACUGAUCUUUUUUCUUCCUUUCCCACCAUUUGUCAUUUCAUAGACACUCAGCUGGAUGAUGGAGUGGUGCUGGUGUUCUCCAGCCUGGGGAUAAGCAGGAGCAGCACUGUAACCAUGGCCUAUCUCAUGCAUUCCAAGCAGUUUUCCCUGAAGAAAGCUUGGAACUACGUUCUGAAGUGCAAAACGAACAUGAGGCCACAUCGGGGCUUUGUAAAACAGCUCUCAGACUGGGAGACCAAAAUCCAUGGCACCACCAUCACAGACAUCUCAGAACCACAUUACUGACAGGCAGCAAAGAGAUCUCCCAGCAGGGAAAGGCACCUCCAGCUCCAUACCACCACGAUGGUGAAAAGUCACUGGCCUCUGUUUGAAAGAUGUCUUAAUGUAAUGAAAAGGCUCCAUUUUUAGCUCCAGAUUAUUUGGGAUCAAGUUUUGGACCCACUUGGGGAACUCACUGUGCUGUAGAAGGUGGUUUUGGGACAGCAAGUCCUGCAGGAUGUGGUCCUAAGCAGAUUAUAACAACACUGGCAAGCACACUCCUUGUCCCAGGUAUGGAAAAUUCUGGGUUAUCUCUGAAAAUGUUUGUCAAUCCAUAGCCCAGGAUGGUGAAUUUAGAGCUAACUACACCCAUGGUUGGCCUGGAGAGGUGAUGAGUUUCUCUAUUUCAAAAGUUCUGCUCUGUGUGUGCCUCUCAGAAAGGUACAGACAAGAACACAGACUGUCACAAAAACAACCAGAGGGUUGGAGUGUCCACCCAGAUCCCCUUCUUGUACAGCACACACUGACCUCUUGACACUGCUGGUAAUUCUGAACCCCCAACCUUGGUCUGAGGAAGCUGAUCUCAGUGCUGUCCUCUCUCUUACUCUAAAUUCUUCACAGACACCAUAAAAU